GCAAGCUCCAGUCCUCUGUCAAGAUGCUUCUGGCCAUGGUCCUUACCUCUGCCCUGCUCCUGUGCUCCGUCACAGGCCAGGGGUGUCCAACCUUGACAGGGAUCAUGAACAUCAACUUCCUCAUCAACAAGAUGCAGGAAGAUCCAGCUUCGAAGUGCCACUGCAGUGCUAAUGUGACCAGUUGUCUCUGCCUGCCCAUUCCCUCUGACAACUGCACCAGACCAUGCUUCAGUGAGGGACUGUCUCAGAUGACCAAUAGCACCGUGCGAACAAGAUACCCACUGAUUUUCAGUCGGGUGAAAAAAUCGGUUGAAGUACUAAAGAACAACAAGUGUCCAUACUUUUCCUGUGAACAGCCAUGCAACCAAACCACGGCAGGCAACGCACUGAUAUUUCUGAAGAGUCUCCUGGAAAUUUUCCAGAAAGAAAAGAUGAGAGGGAUGGGAGGAAAAAUAUGAAGAUGAAAUAUUAUUUAUCCUAUUUAUUACAUUUAAAAAGCUUUCUCUUUAAGUUGCUACAAUUUAAAAAUCAAGUAAGCUACUCUAAAUCAAUAUCAGUUGUGAUUAUUUGUUUAAAAUUGAAUGUCUUUAUUUUGAAAUAAAU